AGCGUUCUUACAAGUCUCACGUAUACAAUGAAUCAAUCCGGCACAGCCUUUUUUAUCAAACUGGUUAAAAGCCACCCAAUACUAUACGACGCAAACCAUAAAGAUUACAAAAAUUCAUACGCGAAGAAUAAAAUAUGGGACCAGAUCGGCGAACAAGUUGAAAUGUCUGGUGAAUUUGCAAAAAUGAAAUGGAAAAACCUGCGCGACACAUACAUAAAGUACUUAAAAACCAAUCAAGCGAUGAGCAAACAUGGUCUUAAAACAUCAAGCUAUAUCCGAUACGGCAAAUGGCAGUGGGCUUCAAACAUGGCGUUCGUAAAAUACCAUACCGGUGUUUUAAAUGACUCUUCGAAUCACGAGGUAGAAACAACAAAAAAUGACAAACACAAUGAAGAAGAUUCAGAUAAAUACGUGGAAAAGACUACUUCAAAAACCACUAAUCGUCAUAGUGAAAAUAAAAAAAUACUUUUUAAUGGCAGAAAAAGAUUGAAUAGCAUUACUGACUCACCAGUUCUAGCUAAAAAAGCAAAUACUUUAACGUCGAUGGAACAUAUAAUGAUAGGGUAUGCAAAAGCUAUCGACAAUUUCAGUUCUGAACGCCUUAAAAUUUUAACCAAGAUGAAGAUUGCUAAUAUUGUUAUGGAAGCUGAAUUAGAAGAUGAACAAGAACGAGCAAGAGGACAACACAAUAUGGUUUACGAUAGUGACGAUUCUUUGGAACCAAGUGAUAGUAAGAAUAACCGUCCAAGAAAAUCUCAACAGGUUAUCGAUUCAGAUUAUAGUAAUUCUCCCAAUGAUUCGCCGCAACAAAUAGUUGACGCCCCAAAAGACACUGAACAAAUUAGUACGGAGAACGAUGAUCCACUUUUGGAUAUAAAAUAUGAGAUUGAUAUUGAAGAAGAAGAUAAUCGACUUUAA